UUUUAUUUUGUUUUGUGAUUGGUAAGGGUUGGUAAAGAAAAAUCAAUGCUGAAUCCGAAGAAGAGGGUUCGCCAAGGGAAAUCAAUGGUGAAUCGUCCAAACAAAAAGAUUCGUAAAGUGAACGCUAAUACUUGUUCAUCUGCUAUCACGAAUAAUCAGCCACGUGUAACCCAAAAGCUUAGUGUGGCGGAAAAAUUGAAGAUGAUGGGGUUAGAAAAUAUAAAACUUGCCGAUUUCAGGAGAAUGGAAGAAGACAUGCAUCGAGAACACGUCAAGCAUUUUAUGAACAACCUGCCCAAAUCUUUCAAGAUCCCGAUCUUAGUAGAUGAUCAACACUUGGAUCCAACUGUACGUCAAGGAAAAUCAUUGGUGAAUCCAAGAGAAUUAUUGCUAAGGAUUCGUAGAGUGAAACCUGUCACAAAUGGACAACCACGUCUAACCAAAAGGGUUAGUUUGUUUGGAAGCUUGAUGAAGAUGGGCAUCGACAAUAAGACAAUUGACGAAAUGAUAAAGAAGUGCGAAGAAAAGUUUCUAGAAGAAAUCGGUGCUAACAAACCGAUUCCUGAGCCUUUUAAAAUCCGGAUCUUAGAAGAUGAUCAAGACCUGGAUCCAAGCCAAUAUCAUCAGAAACGACUGAAUACAAUUGCUGAUCGUAAGGCAACACAAGGCAUCCUAUAUGAUAGAUUGGUUAUCAGUCUGACAACACCCAUUCCUGUAUUUAUAGACAAGUAUAAAAACUUAAAAACUUGCAGGGCUGGGGGUUCACGUAGAACUUACCUGGCUGGAAGACUUAUGAGAAAAGUAUAUUCACCAGAUGUUAUAACUUACGACUUGGUAGGGUUCGGUGGACAAGUUCUAGUCGAGGCUUUUCCAACGUAUGCUCAUGAUACAAAUAAUCGUUUUCAUGAACUUCAUUCUGAUCUGAGAGUUGGAGACUAUGUUGGUGUUGUUGGGUUUCCAGCAAAUAGUAGUGCAGGAGAUCUGAGUAUUAGAGUAUGCACAAUCAAACGUUUGUCUUAUUGUCUUCGUAGGAUGCCACCCAUGCUGCCCGUUAUGAAGGAAUUUGAUGCUUUGACUCCAGAAAGUGGUGGAAAUCCCAAUUCUUAUAUCUUAAAAGAUCAGUAUCCGACAUCCUCGGAGGUCAAAGCUAUAAACGAUACACGGACAAAAGUCGUCUCUUAUAUUGGCAAUUUCCUUGACGAUCUUGGUUUUCUGAAGGUCGAUUCUCCAAUAUUAACCUUGGUUUCUGGUGGAGCUGAUACAUAUCCUUCUGUGACUCUGUACAAUGACCUAAACAUGAAAAUGUUUAUGGAAAUUGCUCCUGAACUUUAUCUGAAGCAGUUUGUUCUUGGUGGGAAAGAACGUGUGUAUGAGGUUGGACAACAGUUCAGAAACGACAGGACUGGUCUAAUACGUUGUCCUGAAUUCAUGUGUCAGUUCUAUAUGGUUCUUGCAGAUUACGACUACUUGAUGGAGCUGACUGAACAAACAUUAAGCGGCAUGGUGAAGGAGCUGACAGGUGGCUACAAAGUUGCAUAUCAUGCCAAUGGGUAUGAUAAAGACCCAAUUGAAAUUGACUUCACUCCUCCUUUCAGGAGGCUUUCUGUGAUAAAAGAGUUGGAGAAGAUGGCGAAUCUAAGCAUACCCAAAGACCUUGCGAGUGAGGAAGCUAGACAGUAUCUUGCUGAUGCAUGCACCAAGUUUGACAUCAAUUGUUCACCACCUCAAACGACAGCACGACUGUUGGAGCAACUUGUAAGACACUUUCUAGAGGACUCUUGUAUUAAUCCUACUUUCAUCAUCGAGCACCCGAAAAUUAUGAGUCCACGGGCAAAAGCACUUACACUUAAAUCAGGAUUGGCUGAACGUUUCCAAUUGUUUAUCAACAAGUUAGAGCUCAUAAAUUCAUACACUGAAGAAAAUGACCCUUUGGUACACGGGAAGCGAUUUGAAAUUCAAGGAAAGGAUCAACAAUCAGGAGAUGGGGAAACAGUGUUAGGUCUGGCUCUUGAUUACGGUUUGCCACCAACCGGUGGGUGGGUUUUGCGUAUUGAUAGGCUUACAAUGUUGCUCACCGAUUUACAGAUCAUCAAGACAGGAAGCUAUACUUUCCCGAUCAUGGAGCCACAACUACACCAUGAACACACCGUCAAUGAUAAUUAAAAUGUCGAGGAUGAAGCUGAAGAUACACCAACUCUGGAACCACUGGUUACUUUGCAUGAAGUACUUGUCAUGUCUUCAGUCCAAGUAUUCUACUACACCAGAAAGGUUAUUUGAAGUUAAACUACAUUUAGUAUGGUGUGGGUCAAGUAUGUAAUUAGUUUACUUUGCUGGAAGCACUUGUUGCUUCUGCAGUCCUAAAACACUACAUUACAGUGGUGUCAUCUUUUACUACUUUGCACUUUGAAUUGUCAACUUAUCUUAUUAACUGGAUUGUGAAUUAGUGCAACUAUGGUAAUGUUGCUCUUAAACUUUAGUAUUAA